CUUUUUUUUUAUUUUUAAUAUUUUAUGUCUCUUGACGGAAUCCGACUCGAAUUUAGAAGAAAUACAUUCGCCCUCCGCUAUAGAGAGGGUGAAUUCAGCCAGGGGCGGUGUAGUGGCCGAUUUUAGAGUCUUCCUAUUGCCGCGUCUAACAGCUGCCCGGUGAAGUCGCAGAAAUGAUCAUAGAGGAUUUUGAGGCAUUGAAACACUGGUUAUCAAAGACGCUAGAGCCAAUUUGUGAUGCUGACCCAUCAGCCCUUGCAAAAUAUGUACUCGCAUUAGUGAAGAAAGAUAAGACUGACCGGGAGCUAAAGGCUUUGUGCAUUGAUCAACUUGACGUAUUUCUCCAAAAAGAGACACAGGGCUUUGUUGACAAGCUGUUUGAUGCCAUAAACACCAAGAAUUAUCUUCCACAACCUGAUAGCACCUCAACAGCUGUUGUGAAAUUGGACACAUUUGAACAUCAAGAAAGAGAAAUAAAGAAAGAUGAGGUAAACAAAGAAGAAGAAAAAGAAAAGAAAGCACCUCGGAGAUUAAACCAAAGCCCUCAGCCUUCUAUCACCCGCCACAAAGAAACCAGGGAAAAUAGAAAAAGAAGUAACUCAGAUCGAGAAAGCAGCUCCAUACAAAAUUCCUUCAGAUCAGGGUUGCCAGAGCAGAAGCUAGAUGUAGAUGCUGCACCAACACGUUUGAGCAGUAACAAAGUUCAGAAUGCAAAAAACAUAAGGAGUAGAGAUGAUCGGAAGAGGGAAGAUCGUUUUCGUAAAAGAGAGUAUGAUAGGAAUGUACCUCGGAGAGAUUUGUACAGAGACCGGUAUAACAGACGGCGAGGUAGAAGUCGCAGUUACAGCAGAAGCCGAAGUCGCAGCUGGAGUAAGGAGAGGCAGCGUGAUAGGGAAAGGGAUAGGAGUCGUAGCAGAACUAGAAGUAGAGACAAGGAUUCUGGAAAGCCAAAGUUUGAUCUUGAUAGAUCAGACCCAGUAGACAACAGUUAUGCAUCAGGAUCUUCUGUUCCUCACAUCGGUCCUGCCCAUUUUCCAGUUCCAACUCUAAGUAGUACAAUUACUGUUAUUACUCCAUCCCAUCAUGGCAACAGCUCAGCCGAAAACUGGCCAGAAUUUCAUGAAGAUCAAGUGGACCACAGCAAUUAUGGCAGACCACAGAUACCCAAAAAACGAUGCAGAGACUAUGACGAAAAGGGAUUUUGCAUGAGAGGGGAUAUGUGUCCUUUUGAUCAUGGUAGCGAUCCAGUCGUUGUUGAAGAUGUAAACCUACCUGGAAUACUACCAUUCCCGGCACAACCUCCUGCUGUAGAAGGACCACCUCCACCAGGCCUUCCACCCCCUCCACCUCUUUUAACACCGCCACCUGUAAACCUGCGACCUCCUGUUCCCCCACCUGGUCCACUACCUCCCAGCCUUCCACCCAUCACAGAAAAUGAAGUCCAAGUUCGACUUCGGACCAUUAGAGAGCAAGUAACUGAAUCACAAAUGUGGGAUCAAAAUUCUUUGUUUCCAGUGAAAAGGAGAAAACAAGUUUAUGUCAAUAGAUGUUUUCUUAAGAAGAUAAUGGAGCCAGGAAAAACUUCUGAUAUAGAAAAAAAUGGGAUGCUUGAACGCUGUUACCAACUUCCAAGAACUGAAGAACUUCAAGUGAAUAAAGGGACAUCUGAUUCAUCUCAAUUACAGUUUAAUAUGUUAAAUAAAAUGCAGGGGUACCAAGAUGCAUUUGUUCAGCCUCAGUACUCCAAAGAACUUGAUGAAGAGACUGGCUUCUGCAAAACAUUAAUACCCUACAUGCGUCGAGUUCCUCUGGAUCGUAGAUUAGAGAUGCAUAUUGCUGUGCUCAAUUGUAUAUCUUCCUUUUGCCAGUCUCCAGCUUCUUCUGGGCAAAACCCUAGUGUCCCUUUCACUAUCCCAUCUCUGUUACCCACACCUUUAUCUGUAAAUGCCUCUCGGUCAUGUAUAAGUGAUAUCCCACCUUAUAGUCAGAGCACUCAGACUUGUGGAUUGUAUCCACAAAUUUCACAUGAAACACACCGUUACAUCCAAUUCUGAAGAAACACUCAAGACCUGUAGUCCGCACCACAAUUUUCACUGUAUGCAUUGAAAUCGCAGCCUAUGGAAAGCCCAGUCAUAUUAACCUUUGCAAUAAAUGGUAUCAAUGUCUUAUGUUGUAUGUUUAACACCUGCACUUAUGUACAUGUUGAUCUUUUUCCUUCUGCGUGUUGUACCUUUAAAAUUCCAGUGUUUUCAUUUGUGUCUGUUAAAUAAACUUCAGGAAAUCU